UCUUCCAAUAAUCUUUAUCCAGUUAUGAUGUCUAUAUUAUAUUAAUAGUGGAUGAAAACUGUAAGUGAAUGAUAUGGGCCAAACAAUGUAGAACUUCUGCAGCAGAGUGUCAGCAAACUUCAAAAUUCACCUUGAAGACCAUUUUUCCACAAAAACCGACUACUGUAGGCAGAUUCCCUCCUCCAACAUCUGUAAAGCAACUGGCAGAUGUUUUUGUAGUCAACAUUAAACAAGAGAUUAUUCAAAUUAUUAUUUUUUUUAAAGAAGAUGCAAAGCUGUUUUAAAGGCAAAUGGUGGUAAAACACCUUAAAUGUUCACAUUAUUUUGUCCAACCCCUGUAUUUGCGUGUGUUCACCACAAACUGAAAUAGAAGAAUGGGUGGGUGUAGAUGAUACAGGAAGAGAAGACAAACACUUGAGCGGCGUAUUUACUGAUGAGCAGCAAGAGGGGUUUUGAACGUUUAUCUGGUUUAUUAGAAAAAAUGGCAUUCACACUGGUCAUUUUCUUGUGUUUCUGGGCAGCUGUUGCCAAUGCUAAUUUUGACGGCCUGGAACUGGAGGCAGAUAAACCGUUGGUGCGUGUGGCUCUCUCCCAAGAAGCCACCAUCAGCUGCUGCUACCGAUGGAAAAAGGUUACCCAUUUCGUCUGGAUCAAGAAUAUUUACACCACCAAUGAAACCAAAGUGCCCAUCAUAGUAAAUCUGCCAAACAAUCAGAUGGACAACUUUACAAAAGAACAAAAUGAAGUCACAUGCCAAUUGCUGGUUUUCAAGAGCGUCCGUCUCAAUGAUACCGGCUUGUACCAGUGUCAACUGAAUUCUAACUCUCUUCACAUCUUUACCCAUGGUACCUUUCUUCAAGUAUACAAACCGUUGCAGAAGUCCUUGAACCUCAGCGAGAGUGUGAAGAACAGCAUCAUUACAGCAGAAGGGGUGUUGCUGCUGAUGUGUGUGUUGAUCCCUGGCACCAUGCUCCUCUGUAAGUCAAAGAGGCUGAAUGAACUGGAGAAGAAGAAAGGAAGGGAGGAGGAGAAUAUCUAUGAGGGUCUAAACCUGGAUGACUGCAACUCAGCUUACCAUCAAAUUCAACGCACCAAUCAGCAAGGCCCCUAUCAGGAUGUGGCCAGCUGUGGAGAAGACAUUCAGCUGGAGAAGCCAUAGCCGGAGCUGGAGAAACAGGAAAUGGAAUCAGAAAGACAGUCAAGGGAAAAGUGAACCCUGUGUAUUACUUGUCGUAAUUUCAUGAGACUGCUGUCAGUGUCUUUGCCUCUUUUCUAUUAGUUUAAAGAUAAGCUUGUUUGUAUUUUGCAGUGGUUAAUCAAAUAUAUCUGCUAAUGGUUUGAUUGAAUUGUAAAACAUUUAGCAUUUUGAUGAAUGUGACGUUUUAAGUUUGUCCUGAGGAGCAUUCUAAAUAAAUAAAUGCACUGGCUACUCAAACUGGCAAUUAAAGACAUACCCCAGAGAAACUGG